AUGGCAGGGAAGCGGCGGCGUGCAAGUGCGAAAGCAGUGCAGGCAGAGCAGAGUGCUUCUGUGCUGAGUAAGGAUGCGGUGGACAAGGUGCUGCUCUCGGGAAGGUCGCUUGUGGUUGAUGAUGAGAGCAAUACCGCCCCUGUGGUCGUCCAGGUGGCCGCCGUCUACAAGUUCGCCCCCACUGCAGAGUACGGCACCGUCGUCGGCGCUGUCAUGCCUCCGGCCGCUCCUUACGCAUACGACAUUGUCCUCUCGGAUGGAUCACAUAUGACCAAGGUGGUGCUGGCACCUGUGCUUGGGAAGCUGGUGGAGAGCGGCAAGUUGGUGCGCGGGGCCGUUGUCGAGGUCACCGAGCUCCGGGUGCGGUACGAUGAGACGAGGGUCGGCGGCCCGGGCUUCCUCGUUCUACAUGGACUCAACCUGCGGGUCUCACCGCUGUCGGACGAGUGGCCGGUGGGCGAGAUCUUGGUGAAUCCUCUCGUGCCACUGGUGUACUCGAGCAAGGCGAGCGAGGCCGAGCAGGCCUUUGCUCCGCUGACGCAGGUCCGCUCCACAUAUCUCAACUUGGAUGACGACCACUCGCUCCCGCCUGGACCAGAGUGGCAGGCGAGUGGGGCGCUGGACAUGAGCGCAGACGAGGUGGCAGCGUUCGAGGCCGAGAUUGCGGCGACGCCGCUGCCGUCGCUCGCCGAGGCUGUCACCAGCUUCAAGUCGAACAAGGUCGGCAGCUCUCCGCUGCUGGGCAAGGUGACAGGCAAGCAAGUGCUUCAGUACUACGGUGGGCCGAGCUCGUCGGCGCGGGUCCCGUUCAAGUUCUCAUUUGUGCUUGAGGACCUGACGUAUCGGAUCGAGGCUGUGGUGUGGCAGGAGGCGUGCCGUGAGUUGUACGCCGACCUUGCUGUCGGCGACCUUGUGGUGGUCACCGGGUACCGGUCGAAAAAGUCGUACAACUACCGUGAUCUGUGGGAGCUCUCGCUCAACAUCACCCACCCAGCGGCGUCUGUGCGGCGGAUUCCACCGGGUGCGGCACCGUCGCUUGCGCUCCCGCGGCCGGUCCUGGACUACAUCCCGCUCCGUGCACUGCUGCACGUGCCCGACGGCGUGCGGGUCGACAUUGCCGGCAUUGUGGUCUACGUGUCGUCGCCCAGGUCUGCUGCCCGCCACGGGUCGGCACCGUCGCGAUCGCUCUUCCGCUACGUCGAACUGUCCGAGGGCGAGGCCCAGCUGGUGACGCUCAAGAUGUACCGCGCCGGCGCCGAGGAGCUGUUUGACAGCAUCGCACAGGGUGACGCGCUGCUGGCGACCUCGGUGGUGGUCAGCUCGGUCAUACCGUCGUCGGACGAUGGGCGGCUGCUGGUUCCGUACGGCACCUCGUUCUCGCAGUACUACUCGGACGGCAUCGGCUCGCAGACCAUUCCGUACUCGAUUUCGCGGUACCCAGGGCUGGCGAGGCUGUUUGCGCUCGAGCGCGGGUUGCGGGCCAACAUGAUGGCCGAGCUCUCGCUCGGCUGCAAUCCCGUCGUCCCGCAUCUCCCCUCAUACUCGAUGUUCCAGCGGCUGGUGCCCGAGGCCCAGGCGGUGCCGCUGCAGGUACUCGUCUCCAGCGCCCUGCCGACGCUGCCGGUCCAUGAGCGGACUACGGUGGUGCUACAGGGCCGGGUGGCGCGAAUCCGGAUUCGCAACCCGAGCAUGGUUGACAUGCCGUCGCUCGCCGAGCUCGCCGCGCCCAAGUCGCGGCGCAAGACAUUGCGCAAGUCGGCGUCGGCGUCGGUGUCGCGGCGUGGCACAAGCGACGACGACGACGAUGCCGCCGCCGAGAGCGUUGGCGUCCAGAUCGUGCUCGACGCCGAGGCGUUUGACGCCGGCCUGCCACACCAGGCCUCAUCAGUCCAUGUCAACUCGCCGAACUUGCCGCACAUGCCGUACGUCGAGCUCACUGUUGUUGACCUCAACCGGUCUGCACUCAUUGAUGUUGCGAUCGUGCCGCGCGUCUCGAGCGAGGCCAAGCUUGUCGAUGGCGACGGCUUUGACGUCAAGCUCCUUGCUGCCGCCCUCGCCUUUAUGCCGCGUUCCAUCCACCUCCCGCAGCUCCCACCCGCCGACGACGAGAGCGAUGUUGCCAGUGCGCUCGCCCACUUUGCCGACAGCGUCCGCGACAACGCGUACGCCUUUCGGGUCGAGGCCCACUCGCGCGGGCCUUGGUCGCGCGACGGCCGCUUUGUUGAGGCACACCUCGUCUCGAUGUACGAUCUGGCCCAGCUGGACAAGCCGGCCAAGGUUGUGAGCAAGCGCAAGAAGGAGAGCAAGAAGGCGAGCAAGAAGGCGAGCAAGAAGGAGAGCAAGAAGGAGAAGAGCAAGCGGAAGCGGAAGAAGAACAAGUCCAAGAAGAAGGUCAAGAAUAAGGGGAAUUCGACUCGGCGGGCGUCCACCCGUGAUGCGUAGUGCCGUGUAAAUGAUGCCUAACUGCG